CCCCACCCCACCCCAUUUCAAUGGCUCCUUUCCCUCUCUAAUAAGGGUUCCUCUUUCCUUCUCUAGCACAAUUUACAAUCUCAAUGGCUGGAAUUUGCUGUGGUGUUGUUGGAGAAGGUGACACUCCGGCUCCACUCGAGCCCACUCCUCGCCCCUCCAGGCGCCGGAGUUUGGACAUCUUACCUUUAAAAUAUAUCGCCGACAUGCCCAUGCCGCCGCCGGAGGGUUUACGGAAGCGUCCCAAGCUCAACCUCAGGGACUGCGAUAACGCAAUUGAAAAUUGCGACGAAUCCACUGGACACAAGGUGACGAAGAAGGAAUCCAAAGUAGACUACGCCGACGACGUCGUUUCGGAAACUAAGAACGUAACUGUUUCGGAAGUUGAAGAAGAAUCUCCCAAGUUCGGCGUGACGUCCGUUUGCGGCAGGAGAAGAGACAUGGAAGAUUCCGUCUCGGUGCGGCCUUGCUUCACCCAAGGCUUCCACUACUUCGGCGUCUUCGACGGUCACGGUUGCUCUCAUGUUGCGACUAUGUGUAAGGAGCGGCUACACGAGAUCGUGAAUGAAGAAAUUGAAAGCGCGCGCGAGAAUUUGGAGUGGAAACUGACGAUGGAGAACGGAUUCGCUCGCAUGGACGACGAGGUUCAUCGCCGGAGCCAGAGCAACCAGACCUUCACCUGCAGGUGUGAGCUCCAGACUCCUCACUGCGACGCCGUCGGAUCCACCGCCGUCGUCGCCGUCGUCACACCGGACAAAAUCGUCGUCUCUAACUGCGGCGACUCCCGCGCCGUCCUCUGCCGCAACGGCGUCGCCAUCCCUCUCUCCUCCGAUCACAAGCCGGAUCGACCCGACGAAUUACUCCGAGUCCAAUCCAAGGGAGGGCGCGUGAUUUACUGGGACGGUCCGAGAGUGCUUGGUGUGUUAGCAAUGUCUCGAGCCAUAGGUGACAAUUAUCUGAAGCCGUACGUGAUUUCAGAACCGGAGGUGAUGGUGACGGAGAGGACGGAGGAGGACGAGUGUUUGAUACUGGCGAGUGAUGGGUUGUGGGAUGUGGUGUCGAAUGAGACCGCAUGUGGGGUGGUGAGGAUGUGCCUCAAGGCGCAGAAGCCGCCGGGGUCUCCGGGGAGUGACGUGGCGGCUGACGGUUCCGACCGUGCUUGCUCCGAUGCGUCGAUUCUGUUGACCAAGUUGGCGCUGGCAAGGCAUAGUUCGGAUAAUGUGAGCGUGGUGGUGGUUGAUUUGAGGAGGGAUCAACGACAAUCAUCAAACUACAACGACGUUAAUUAAUUGAUUGAUUAACGGAGACGAGAAACCAAACCAAACUAAGGAAUCACAAAUGAAUGAGAUCGCCCUUUUAACCAUAAUGGGCACACCCUUUGUUUUCAGGACUUCGUUAAGGACGGGAAGACCAAAUCAGAGGGAGGAGGGGCGUGUGGCUUUUGCUUAAUCAAAUGUUGAUUGUAAUGUAAUGGGAUUUUAGGUUUAAAAAAAAAAAAAAGAAAGAGGAAGGACAUUGUUAACUUUGGAAAAUGAAAAAAAAAAUAUAGGAAAAUUUUACUGUAGGGAAAAUUUGUGUCGACAAAGGUAUCAAUCGGCCGGUCGACACCCCUUUUCUUUUUGUCCAUAAUCGAAUCUAUAAAUUGGAUUUUCCUUUGGUUCGUGUCUCUA